UACAUACACACACACCGCACUUCACACGUACACACACCGCGACACACGCACACCCACAACCCUCCGCCGACGUCACCGCGCCUCCUGCGACCGCUGCCCUCCACCGAACAACGUGGAAGCCCUUCUUUCUCUCCUAUUUUUCAACACCUCUAUCCCCCUCCAUACCCACACAUACGUUCAUCUGCAACUGCUAUCCGGUCGAUUUUGCCGCCGCCGUCACUGGACUCCGACAUCUCUCGAAUAUUCUUGUCUAUCCUCUAUGAUAUGAAACACAUGAGAGCAUGCUAUGAUGGAUUACUUUCUGCUGCAACAAAUAAUGCUUAUGAAAUUACCCUAUGUUAAUGGCAACAUAGAAAGUUGCCCUGCUCUGGCAGUUGGCUGUACAGCAGUACUUAAACCAUCAAAAUUAGCAUCCAUCACAUGUUUGGAGUUGGCUGAAGUGUGUCGAGAUGUGGGUCUUCUAUCUGGUGUUCUCAACUUUUUGACAGGCUAUGCUCCUUUGGUUUCACAUCCUGAUGUAGACAAGGUCAGUCGCGACCUUCCGUUCUGUUUUUCAGUUCCUUAUUUUUCUUUUGAGUUGGAUGUUUUCCAACUGAGAUGUCGACGGUGGGAGGAGCUUGGAGUUCUCGCUGAAGAAGGGGGGUCUCCACUAGCGACGGGGGGUGGCCUUCGUUGAAAAGAGAAGAUCGAAGAUCGGAGGAGGAAACACAGUGAUUAACAUUAUAUAAUGUUUAGUGCUAGUAAUAUUUGUUUAGUUUUAAGUAAAAGACAAUCAUACUUAUGUUUAGUUUUUGUUUAAACAUAUUAUAUUUUUUUUAGUAUCAUUUGAUACUUUGGAUAUUAA